ACAAAAAAAUAAACAUGAAUCCUCGUAACAGGCUACGACAACUGCACUUCGGACCCGCAUGCCACUUCCAAAGCCUGGAUUUUCAGAUCAGUUCCGGGAGUACUAGAAUAGGAUUGGCACUUUUCUCUUGGUCAAAACUGAAGAGCUCUUGGAUCGACAGAUAGAUAGAGAGAGGGGGAGGGCGAUGGAGAUGGAGAUUUUUGGGAUCGAUUUCGGCUGUGCUUUUGGAUCUCUUCGCGAUGGGAAGAUCCCAGAAAAAGACUGUCUCCUCCCGCUGCUGUCCAAGCUCCUCGGCUAUGGCAUCGUUGCUGCUUCCACCACUGUCAAAGUCCCUCAGAUAAUGAAGAUUUUGAAGCAUAGGAGUAUUAGGGGCCUUAGCAUGGUGGCCUUUGAGCUUGAAGUGGUGGGUUACACUAUUGCUUUGGCAUACUGUCUCCACAAAGGGCUCCCUUUUUCGGCUUAUGGUGAAUUGGCGUUUCUUCUUAUCCAAGCUAUAAUUUUAGUUGCUAUCAUAUAUUACUUCUCGCAACCAAUGGGAAUCAAGACAUGGAUCAGGCCUUUAAUAUACUGCGCAGUAGCACCGACCAUUUUAGCUGGUCAAAUUGAUCCUGUUCUUUUUGAAGCAUUAUAUGCCUCUCAGCAUGCGAUAUUUUUCUUCGCAAGAGUUCCACAGAUAUGGGAAAACUUCCGUAACAAAAGCACUGGGGAACUCAGCUUCUUGACAUCAUUGAUGAAUUCUGCUGGUUCCAUCGUCAGAGUUUUUACCAGCAUCCAGGAAAAAGCACCUACAAGUGUUGUUUUGGGCUCAGUCAUUGGGAUCGUGACGAAUGGAACGAUCUUGAGUCAGAUCAUUACGUACAGCAAGCCACAAGCAGCAAAAGAGAAGAAAAUGAAGUAGACAGAUUUUUGUAUGUUGCCUUAGUGUUGCCACGGACAACGGAUUUGCAAUGGAAGUGGGGUCUGUCAUUCUUGAAGAUGUCCUUUUCUUCUUUUUCUUUAUUUCGAAUUACAACAUAACUGGGAGCUGAACAGGUGAAGUAUCUAGAUGAAAUGUGAUGCAGAUGCAUUUACAAAACCAUCUAUACGUCUCUUGCUAGGAACUUUUGUUUUCUGGUAUCUGGAAAGCACUUUUCAAGUGUUCUCCAGCAAAGAUUGGAUAUAAUACACAUGUUGUAUGCACCUUAGAUAAUGCAAUUCCCAUCUCAUAAA